CUAUUGUUGUUUACUUAAUGCUAUGUCACCAAUGUUAGGUAGCAUCAUGACAAAAUGGCACUGAUUAAUAAUGAGAAGAUCAUGGUUCGGAACAGUUGUUAAACAGAACAAGUCCCCUUCUCUUGAUUUGUUAAAGUCCCUCUACUCAGUUUUAGUAAAGAACUCCAUAGUCACUGAUAAUAAUAAAACACUUAUUGUUGAAGUUUUACGCUCCAUCGCAGAAACUGUCAUCUGGGGUGACCAGAAUGACCCUAGAGUAUUUGAUUUCUUCUUGGAAAAGGGUAUCCAAAGCUAUUUCUUGAGUAUCAUUGAGCAGCCAAAAUGUGGAGCUUACGUUUGUACCCAGCUUCUGCAAACACUCAACAUCUUGUUCGAGAACAUCAGAAAUGAAACUUCUAUUUAUUUUCUCCUGUCAAACAACCAUGUGAACUCAGUAAUUUGUCAUGAAUUCGACUUUUCUGACGAGGAGAUCAUGGCAUACUACAUAUCUUUUCUGAAGACCCUGUCCCUCAAACUGAAUAGCAACACCAUCCAUUUCUUCUAUAAUGAGCAUCUCCGUGAUUUUCCACUCUAUACAGAAGCUAUCAAGUUCUUUAACCAUAACGAGAGUAUGGUUAGAAUUGCAGUCAGAACUCUCACUCUUAACGUUUAUCAGGUUGGAGACGAAGCGAUUAUAAAGUUUAUCCACGACAAAACAGCCGCACCUUAUUUCAGUAACCUCGUAUGGUUCAUUGGCAACAACGUAUUAAUGAUGGAGCGCUGUUUGAGAACCGAAGCAACACAUCUCACCCGAAAUAAACUGGAGUCCCUGGUUGCACUGCAUCUAGAUGACAUGCACUAUGUACACGAUAUAAUGUUGCUACAAAUGCAGUCUCUGAACAGUAUGUUAUGUGAACAUCUCCUCAAUACUCUGCUCAUACCUCUUUACGUCUACUCACUGGAUCCAAGUCUUAAGGUUGACUCCCCGCAAGUUAGUGUAAAGUGUGCACUCUUCCUUCUCUCGCAAGUCUUCCUAAUCCUUACCCAUCCUCCCCUUGUCAAACAGCUCAAACUCUACAUCUGCUUUGAAGAGAACCCUAACUUGGAGAGUUCAGAUACGUUGAGAAGGUUUACAAAACCAAGCCAUCGAAUUCAGGAGACCUUCAAUCCUGCUGUUAUACCUAAAAAUAAACAGAACUUACAACCAACUCGACUCGCCAAGGAGCACAAGCAAGAACUAAAAGAAAGAGAAGCAAAAAGACUCCAAGAAGAAUCCAGAAUGAAGGAUCUUGAAAAAUACCAGAAAAAGCAAACGUUUAGUCAGACUGGUUAUCUGAAGAGCAUCCUCGACCCAGACGCAGGGAUAGACCCACUACUGGGAACUAAAGUACACAGAGUGGCCUCACUAAAGAACAGUAGUGUACCAGGAGAUGCAAGGAGUAGAGAGUCUAGUACAGUUAGCAAGGAGAGCAGUGCGUAUAGUGAGGCUGUUUAUGUUGACAGUGAGAACAGUGAGAACAGCGAGAACAGCAGUAGAACAGAGAGUUUUAUAGACAUCCUAGACCCACCCUCCACCUCCAGCCUAGACCCACCCUCCACCUCCAGCCUAGACCCACCCUCCACCUCCAGCCUAGUCCCCCAACUAGACCCACCCUCCACCUCCAGCCUAGUCCCCCAACUAGACAGCACCAGCUCCACCACAACUCCUGAUGUUCUGGAUGGGUUCUCUACUCCAGAUAACUACAAGAACACCCCUGAGACAAGUCACGUGAUACCUGAUGAGAACCACGUGGAGGAUCACGUGACAGAUAGAGAAGUGUUGGAGGAGCCUGGAAAUGAAGCUGGUAACAUGGAGUACCCUGUUUCUGAAGAUUCAGGAAUUGUGAGCAGUGAGACGAUGGAGAACAUAGCCCAGGAUAUUGAAGAUGUUGUGGCUGCUGAAAACCAGGAUCCGGCUCACAAUAACAAUGCACAUGAUCAGUCACAUGACGUGUCACAUGACGUGAGAUCUCAAUCCCCCAACCUGGAAUCAGACUCCACUCUCAGUCACUCUGCUUCUCUGGAGACAGAGCCUCGUAGUGUGGACACUGACACUGCAGUUCAGGGAAACAGUUCGGUUACUACUGCAGAGUUCCGGUCCCCCGAACCUGAGUCACCCACCCUUCAACCACCGUCACCGUCACCAUCUGGUAAUUCAGUUGAGAAUGGUGCGUUUCAGUCUGAGAAAGUGCUCGCACCCUUGUCAACUACAACUACAGAGGAGGAACAAAGCAGUACUUCUAACACUCAAGAUAACAAUCAUACAGAUAAGGCAGGAGAUAAGGCAGAAGAUAAGGCAGGAACAAGAACUGGUAACUCCGCUGAUAAGCCUGUAACAGACGAGGACAAAACACAGUACUCUGAUAACGACACUACGAUAACGUUAUCAGAUGUAGAGAUUCAGGAUGUUAACCAGACUCUGAAAGAUGUUAACAAGGAGUUGUCAUCAGAACCACCCACUAGGCCAGCUACACCCCCUAAACUACCUACCACCGCUUCUGCUGAGGACCUGUUUUUCACCCCUACAAAGACCUCGGACACGUCUCACUUUGCGGACGCCUUUCACUGCCCACCAACCAGAAGCUGUAUCUUCUACGAUGCUUUACUCAGCUGUUUAGAGCUGGGUGAAGAUGACGUAGAAGCACUGUUCAGUGCAGCUCUAUUGUACGCCAUGUUCACUAACAAAUCAAUGCCUCACCGCCCGCCCGCUCCUUACUACUACGAUGAUAGAAUUGUUGAUAGAUUGUUAAACCUACUUGAUAAGUCUUGUCAUGUUGACGGCUGUGUCAGGUUAGUAACAGUGGAAUUAGCAGAUAGAUUACUGCGCGUGUUGACCACCUACGAAAACAGAGUGCUCCUUCAUGAUAACCACUUAGCUGUUCUCACUGCAGUCAAAGAGAAUUCUGUGCGGUUUCUCAGGAACUUUUACACAGGAGAGGACAACACACUGUUUGUGGAAUUGUUCGACGAGGAAUUCAAAGCAUUCAAUAAACGUCGCCCAACGAAUGUGGCACACUUGAUGGGGGAUGAGUGUAUGUUACUAGGACCAGUCUACACUCCACUCACAGGUAUCGACUUUACGAAGAGAUUGCCUUGUGGUGAUUUUGAGAAAAUGAGAAAGUCGCUUAUGGUGUUCUUUACAAUUCGACGCCUAUGGCUUGAGGCUGUGGGUCAAGAAGAACAGGAGUUACCGUUGCUCAAUCUUUCAUUGCAAGUUACAAAAGGAGACAUUUUAAACCUGAACCACAGCGAUCUGAUAGCUUGUGCGGUUAUCUCUGAAAAUGACGUGGGCUUUGCAAGUAUGCUCCUUAGUAACAUGCGUUCUCCCGUGAAGAGGUUCCUUGUUAUUGAUACUCAUCAACUGAUACUGGUAGAACCCGACAAUGCGCCUGGGAGAUUAGGGUAUGGUAUCGUCCAGUUUGUGGCUCCACUGCAGUGUGUUGACGCCAGGCCAGACAAGGAUAAUAAUCGUAACCUGCUCGUCACUAUUGAAAAGAGCGGAUCUAACAACUUCUCCUUCAGAGCCAAAUUUCAGUUUGAGGACCACAUCAGAUGCUUUGCUGCAAAAACUCGCCUGAAACAAGGCAGAGAAAGUUUACAAAAACUGAAGGGAUUCAAGUUAUCCCACGUGCUCGACAUGCCUGGCCGCAUACCUGAAGAACCAUUCCUCGGAAACUCUCGGGUCACUUCUACUGCACUUAAGAAAGCCUUCGAACACACAACUUGAGGUGACAUUACAGAAUAAGGGCCCAAACAUAGGCAAAAGUAAAGCCGAGAAAAGUAACGUAUCAAUCCCCAAACUCCCAACCUCCCCUGAAUCCUCCGCCGCCUCGUCUGUGAGUGGUUCGGAGAAGAGUCAUGACGUCACACCACGUGACGUGACGUCACUCAGUAAUUCGAGGAGGAAGGGUGGCUCUACCAGCGGGUCUAGUAGCGGCACUCCCAGUUCCCCUCGUAAGUCUCUGGCUAAAUUGCCGGACCCUGAAGUCGUGUGAUAAGCCUCCCUGGAUAUUUCCUUAUUUGGAUAUAACACGUGGGUACUGGGUAUAACACGUGGGUUCUGGGUAUAACACGUGUAUUAUACCUGGGGACCCCAGGCUGAGCAGUGAGCGCCGCCAAGUAAAACACGUGUAUAAAGCCGUGUGAUGUGUUCCACGUGAGUCGUGAGUCGUGAGCUAACUGUAUAGAAAAGGGAAUUCAAGUAGCAGGGACUCUUCGUAGAUGUUUAAUGUGUUUGAAAACAGACGAUUGAUUAGUGUGACGAAAGUCAUAUUAGGGGCUCUUUCAGUAUGUUGAAGGGCUAUUUGAGAUACCGAUCAACAGAAACUGAGAAUAUUUUGAUGAUUGAUUUAUCUAUCUUAUGGUUUAGUUGAGUGUGAUGGCAGCUGGAUGUGUCAUUGCUGAUUGCCAUCCAUUCCAAAUAUUUGGGUUUUGGACAUGAUUUUUCAUCAAAAUAUUUCAUGUUUUUAACGACUCUUCGUCCAAGACUUCGAUGGCAAAAUGGCGAUGACACAAAGUUCCCGGCUUUUACCUGUAUUGUUUUAGUAUUUGGUAUUGUUAGUAUCGAUUGAUAACUACGAUUUUUCCAGAUCUUCACUUGUUGUAAAAUGUUGAUUAUAAUGCAAAAUAUUUUGCAUUUUAUUGCUGCUAAAGAUAUUGACUUGAUCAGUGACGCUAGUCAUGACUGUUAUAAUAUUAAUUAGCGUUAACACGAUCUCAGAUCACAGAUUAUGAAUCAUACGAUAAAUUUCAAUUUUUUUCAAAUUUUAAAUGUAAUGGUAAUUGUAAUAAUAGGUAGUACAAAAUUGUUGUAUAUAAAUGUGAUCAUAAUUGAUAAUGUCAAUACAUAUCUAUGUCUCCAAAGAUUAAUUCUAAUCCCCGGUUGCAAUGUUUUCAAUUUUAAUUAACACAA